AUGGCCACAGGACCGCAAGCAUUCUUCUGCCUGUGGCAGGACAGUAGGAUCCGCGAGACGCUCUUCGAACUACUACCAAAGGAGGGCAUAUGCAAUGUGCGACUCGCAUCUUCAGCAUGCUGCAACCUCGUUACCAAGCGCCUGUUCCUACGGACCAACGUGACCUUCACAGCCAACACCUUCACGCGGCAUAGCCGGAUACAGGCCUUGUCGAGAAUAGGCCACCACAUACAUCACCUCACCUUCACCUUUCCACACACAGAUGCCACCUUCUUACCGCCGCUCAUCCACCCCGAGAGCGGGCGUGAGAUCAGCUUUUUGUAUACGCCUCACACCUCCAUGGCCUCGGUGUUGGAGAGACCCAAAUUCGCCAACACGGGGCUUGGUGAGAUCCUCACAACACAGUACCCGCCCCUGUUCCAUGCGGCUUCAAACGUGCCCUCCUUCAUCAAUGCGAUGAAACACAUCCCGAAUAUGAGGCAUCUGACCAUCAAGACCCCUGGCCAAGACCCCAAGGAACGAUAUCGGAGAGACAUUAUAGAUUACGCUCUCAUUAGCCUUCGGAUAUCCAUGGAAAGGGCGCCAAUAAACAAGCUCACAAAGCUGACUCUAUCGUCCGUCCAUCCGUCGGCCUUUAUAUACCUGCGCCACGUGGGCGGCUUUGGAUGCCUUCCGUCUGCGGGGCGGCGGUGGAAGCAGAUCCGGAAGAUACAUAUUUUCGCCGAAUCUUGGGACUUUUACGGGCCAUCACCGGGUCUCGACCACCUCAAGAUGAUCGAAGACUACAUAUGCAGCUUCUCAACCAGCCUGGAGAAGUUGACGUUUACCUGGCUUGGUCGCAAAGGACCUUGCCCCAUAGCGCUCGCAGCCGACCUCCUAUUUGCGCCGCCGCGCAGCUCACAGAAGCUUUUCCACGAGGUCACAUCUCCCAUGUCACCAUUGCCACCAGCACCGGCCAGGAAGCCUGUCGUCUUCCAAAAACUGCGGUUUCUGGCUGUGCGGAAUGCCGUUAUGAGAGCCCCGCAAGUGGCUGAUUUGGUCGCCUUGCACCAACAUACCGUGCGCGAGUUCGACUUUGAGAACACGUUCCUCCUCGACGAUGGCAGCUGGGAUGACGCACUGGCGCCAUUGAUGGACAACGGCUCUCACAGCGGCUACUGGUCUCGGCAUUCCACUGCCACUAUAACGGAGGAGGCCGCUGGCAUCCAACCCGAGUAUUUAUCGGUGGACCCACCAGAGCCGUCGGCAGCCGUCGAGGCAGUCUCGCAAGAGCUGUGUAACAUCGACCUGGAAGAUGACGAAGACCUGGACCUCGAGAUCCAAGUCGAGGAGGAAUAUGAGGACGAGGUGGUCCCGGACUUGGACUCAGACGUCGAGGCCGCCCGCAUAGCGAGUCUCUCAUUCAGCAACAAGUUCAAGAAGCGGUGCAUCACCAAACGACGUCGCAGGCGCAAGCCCGGCCACGAGCACCAGGAGGGACAGCACGAAGAGGAGCGACAUCAUUGCCGCCAACGCUCCAACGACACCCUCGACGAAUUACGCGAUGGACACCACCACCGCCAGCACCAGAGAUCACUAGACUCCUUAGACGAGGAGCACCCGACAGCGCUCGUCCGCCCCAACCACAGCCGGCAGCCCUCCAACAAUUCGCUCCACUGUCACCCCCAAGAGCCACCCCGCCUCUCUAUGGCGCACCAGUCUUCGCGUCCGCGGUUGUUCGGCGAGGUCGACAGCGUGUACUCCACCGCAUCCUCCUCGCACCGCCUCUUCGGCGAAGUGACCAGCCAGCUCUCCUCGCACGCCGGGUCCGAGCCCUACCUCACGCACUCGCCCACGACUGACGAGGAAGAGGAGGGCGACUCGCUGAUCGACUCGUACUUCCGCCCGCGCACGCCCACCUCACCUCCCACGCACCACCUCCCGUCCGCACCCGCGCCGUCGCCCGGCAGCAAGACCAACACUGCCACGGCCACCACGACGGCUCUCCUGCAGCCCACGGUCUACGACCCCACCGCCGAGCUGUGCUCCGAGAUCUCGGCCGUGCAGCGCGACAUCGCGGCCGAGGAGAAGCACCGCCUCGUCGCCGAGAACCCGGACGUCCAGGUCAGCGGGUUGCGACGGGCCAAGGAGCUUGUCCUGAGCCGGCUGGGGCGCGAGUUCUGUACCGCCAACCCCGGUGCGGGUGCGGGCGGUGGCCUUGGCGGCCCGCGGAAGGAGUCGUUCGGAGGGUCGUCGUCGGGGUUCCUGGGCAGUGCGCGCUUCCGCGAGGGCUUGUUUGGGGGCAAGAGCACCAUGCCCACGCCUGUUGUUGGUGCGACGCCGCGCCUGACUGCCGGGUUUGGGUCUGGGUAUGGCCAGGACCAUCGUAGUAUGGAUGUGCCGAUCUUGUUUAGACGGGGAUGA